AUGACCCUGUCUAGUCUUCACACGACUGCAAAGUUCGGAUCAGACAGGCCAAUCGACUCUCCUAGACCCUUGAAGGUCAUCUACAUUGGUGCAGGGAUUUCAGGCAUCGUAGCCUCUAUCCUCUUCCGCAAGGCCAUUCCCUCACUAGACCUCGUCAUUUAUGAGAAGAACCCUGAGAUUGGAGGCACCUGGUUCGAGAACAAGUAUCCCGGCUGCGCUUGCGAUAUUCCCUCUCAUGCUUACCAACUGAGCUUCGAGUCGUCAACGGACUGGAGCCACUUCUAUGCUAGUGGUUCGGAGAUUCUUGAUUAUUGGAAGAAGGUGGCAGAAAAAUACAAGGUCCGAGAUCAUGUCCGUCUGAACCACCGGUGCCUUCAGGCUAGCUGGGAUGAGCUUCGUGCUAAGUGGACUGUUCAACUUGAGGAUACCAGGGCUGACCUACCGAUCGUUGUUGAGGAUGAAUGCGAUGUCUUUAUCACUGGCACAGGACUGCUAAAUGAGUGGAAGUGGCCUUCAAUUCCAGGUCUACAUGAUUUUCAAGGCACUAUUCUCCAUACGGCCAACUGGCAGGACAGUUUUGUUACUGAGGGCAAGAGAGUUGCUGUCAUUGGAGCCGGAAGUAGUGGCAUCCAAGUUGUCCCUGCCCUGGUUAACCAGGUCAAAUCAAUAGACCACUAUGUGCGCGGCAAGACGUGGAUCGCCACCCAGGGAAGCGAAGACUUACUAAAGGAAGAGCUUGAGAAGCAGCACGUCAGCCAGGGGUCCAACAAUUUAACAUAUGAUGAAGAACAGAAGAAGGCAUGGAAGAAUGACCCUCAAGCCUACAUAGCAUAUAGGAAGCAGCUCGAGUUCCGCCUUCAGGGCAGCCACCAGAUCUCAUACCGAGGCAGCCCUCGCCACAACCAGGCUCGGAGCAGCUAUGAGGCCUACAUGAGAGAGAGGCUCAAGACGAAGCCUGAGGUCCUCGACGCUCUACUACCCGACUUUCCUCCUCUGUGCAAGAGACUGACCCCCGGGCCGGGCUAUCUGGAGGCCCUCUCGCAACCCCAGGUGUCGACAAUCACAUCUCCCAUCUUCCACAUCGAUCGCACCAGCAUUGUUACCAAGGACGGAAACAGACGGCCCGUCGACGCCAUCGUCUGUGCCACUGGAUUCCAUACCGUGCCGGGAUCUGGAUUCCCAAUCUAUGGUCGAGACGAUGUCAACCUACGGGACAUAAUCAGAAACAACCCCAAGUCAUACCUCGGUCUUGCUACAGAUGGGUUCCCUAACUUCUUCCAAUCCCUAGGGCCUAACACAUUCCCUAGGACAGGCAACUUGCUUAUCAUGAUUGAGCAAGCUCACAGGUACAUGGCUAAGAUCCUGUACCGUUUCGCUUACGGCGCGGUGCGGACCAUUGAGCCCAAGCGUAAACAGGUCGAUAACUUCACCAAUUUCUGCGACCAGUACUUCAAGAAGACAGUCUACACCGAAGAGUGCAUCAGCUGGUACAAGGCGCCUCCUCGGAAUCCCGGUGAGGCGGAGCGAAUCACUGCGCUAUGGCCUGGCAGCAGUCUUCAUGCCGUUCACGCCCUUUCUGAAGUCCGAUGGGAUGAUUACGAUAUCACGUACGAGGAUGACAACGACUUUAAGUGGUUUGGCGAUGGUUCGACUAUGGGUGAGGCAGAUCCCCGCAUAGCCUCGAAUCUCGAGGAUCUCACUUGGUACAUCAACAAGACUGACUUCCUCCACAAUCCCCUGCCUGUUAUCGAAGAGGUUCAGAAAUUGUAA